AUGGCCUCGCCGGCGGCGUCAAUCGCCGAUCGCCGAGAGCACAUCUCGCUCCCGGCAGACGAGAUCCUGGAGGAGAUCUUCCUCCGCCUGCCCACCCCGGAGACGCUCGCCCGCGCGUCCGCCGCCUGCAGCACCUUCCGCCGCGUCAUCACCGACCGCCUCUUCCUCCGCCGCUACCGCAAGCUCCGCCCGCCCCCGCUCCUCGGCCUCAUCAGCGACAGGGGCGGCGGCUUCCACCCCGCCGAGGCGCCGCACCCCUCCGCGCGGCUCGCGCGCGCCCUCCUCGACGCCGCCGACUUCACCUACUCCUUCGUGCCCAAGCCCAGGGAAGGCUGGCUCAGCCCCUGGCACCCCCGCGACGUGCGCGACGGCCGCGUCCUCCUCGACUGCAGGGUCCCGGGGAAAACCUUCAGGACCGCCUUCGCGGUCUGCGAUCCGGUCUCCCGCCGCUACGUGGUGCUGCCGCCGGUGCCCGACGAGGACAUAGCCGAACGCCCUGCUGAACUGGCGCCGGUCCUCGCGCCUGUGGGCGAGCACGAGGAUGAGAGGUCCUUCAAGGUGAUAUGCAUGGUGCACUACGAAACCAGGCUGGUUGCAUUCGUCUUCUCCUCCGUCACCGGGCAAUGGUGCAUAUCUGCGUCUCCCACCUGGAGUUCCUUGGGCACGUGCCGUCCCCGCGGGUUCCGCAACAGUUCUGAUCCGGACGGAUGCCGCGGUUUGUCGAGUUUCGACUGCGUGCGCGGCUGCUUCUACUCCGCUUCGCCUUGGAUGGACAAGUUCCUCGUGUUGGACACGCGGAGAAUGGAGUUCUCCGUCAUCCACGAUCGUGAUGAUGUCUACAAGAUGCUCAGGAAUAUGCUUGACCCACCAGCCGGACAACACAGACGCCGGCCUGGCCAGACCAGAAGCCUGCCUGGCGUUGUCGGUGGAGAAGGAUCCCUUGAGCUGCUUUCUCUUGUUGGCGCUCACAAUCCGAAUGCCUCGCCACGUGUCUACCAUUCCUCUCAGCAAAGUAACGGUGAACCUUGCAAGUCUCCGCGGAUGAAUAUUAUACCGUUGUCUGGCUCAUAUGACUAUUUUACCGUGGGCGCAGCGGAGGGGUUCUUAUUCCUUGGAGCCACUAAAGAAGAUCGCGUGGGUCAGUAUCAUGUGGACAUGGUGGUCGCGCAUGACAAUCACUAUGAUCAAACUCCGUUGAUGGAGACUUGGGAUGUAGACUAUUUUUCGGUGGAGCUCCGGAAUUCAGAGGUUACCAAGAUUUGUACGAUGAAGAAGUCAUACUUCAACCAUGAGCGCGUCCACUCCUAUUUUGGCUUCCCACCAUCGUUGUCAACACCGACCAUAUGAAGUGGGAUGGACUCACUUUGCUUUGGAGAUCUGUUAUCUGGACCAUCCAUCUUGUGCCGUCGAGGAUAUAUGGAAAAUGGUGGUGCAAAAAUUCUGGCUUGAUGCAGUAACGUUGAUUAGUAUAGAAGAUAGUCAAAUGUCAAGUGCUUUUUUGUAAGCCAAGGUGACUUUGUCAAUAAUGUUGGGAAACAUAAUAAUGUUGUUGUGUUGAGAGAACGGCCCUUAUACCAAAUACUAUAUAAGAGACAUGUUGUUGUGUUGGGAGAAUCACUACUUAUUAUUGUACUUAAUCAGCUCAACAAGUUACUCAUUUGGAGUAGCUUUUA